GCGUCUGCUCUGUUUUUCUCCCUGCUGCAGCCGAAGUGAACCCAGCCAUUUUCCAGCGUCCCCAUCUGCAAAUUGAAAAGCCGCCGGAUCUGCUCUGCUUCUUCCCCCUCUGCCGCCUGCUGCUGCUGGUUUUUCUUGAAGUUGCGUGAAGUUCCCCUGCAAUUUUUCCCGCCGGCUCCUCCCAUACUCGCCAGCCCCAGCUUUGCUUGUUGAGCAUUUUUGGUCCUUGAUUGCCCUGUGAUCUUAGCACUUGGAUUAGGCCUUCUGUUCUGCGUGACUAAGGUAAGUAAAUUAUGGUAAAGCCCGUAAAUUUUCGAAGCAUAUUUUAAUUGUUUUCUGAGAUGGUGGCGAGGUUUAAAUGGAUUUAUUUGCAUUUGAGCAUGAUUAAAAAGGGAAUUUGAACUUUUAUUAUUUUCCUUCUUUUCUAGAAUUGAGCAUGCCCACAUAAAAUUCUUCGGUUUAUUUUUGAAAGUGAGAACGAUCGUGAUUUCUGUAAAUCUUGCUUGGUUUUGUCUCCGAUAUGGUUGUGAAAUCGUGACCCCGCUAGUGGGGGAGGUUACAAACGCUAGCACAUGUCGACAUGUUCAUGAUAGGACCGGUUCGCUCGUGGCCCUACUAGUGGGGAUUAUACACUAGUAACUUGUUUGCCUGCCAGUGGGAACUGGCCAUGACUAAUAGAGGAGACCACUACGUGAUUUUACUUGCAUUAAUGAUUUGUUAUUGAAACACUCUGUUCUUGAAACGCUCUGUUCUUGAAAUGCUCUGUUCAUGUUUCAACCGAUUAUUUGGCAUGCUUUAUACUUGAUGUCGGGCCCCCAUGUUUACUUACUGAGAUAUUUUAUCUCACGGUUUCCUUGUCCACCAUUUCAGGUAGUGAGACCCGACGCGUGGGAAGCCCGGGAGAGUGACGAGCUAGACGGCUAGGCAUUUUUGGAGUUAGUUCUGUAGCUAGGCCGUUAGUCACCCAUGCGGAUUUAGGACUUUUGUGUACAGGAUUUAGUGUUAGUCAUGAUUGUAUAUAUAAAGUGAUAAAUUUUGUACAUUCGCUGGUAACUAUUUGGUAAAGUAAAAAGGCUUAGAUCUG